AUGGGGCGCUUCCAUCCCGUGUACAUGCGCCGCUCGGAUGGUAUGCUGGAGACAGCCAUCAAGAACGGCGCCAGGAUCCAAAAAGAGGCCAACAAACCCACGCCUAAGCAGCUGGACGACAAGCCCAAAUCCGAUGGAGUCAAGGACUACUAUCGCGAAGUCGCCAUCGACGAGAGCAAGCACAUGGACUGGAGACGAAAGCUUGCUGCCAUGCUUGCCCGCGACAUUGGCCUCGAUCUGGGAUACAUCCUCGCCCACUUUCCCGAGAACUAUCGACUCUUCGAGCACGUCAAGACGGCAAAGAAAGGAGAAGGAGAACCAAAGACAAAGACACAUGCUGGAGGAGGCAACGAGAGGCAAGACGCCUACCUGUACGGCCACCCUCUGGGGCGCAAGAAGCGCUUCAGAAGUCCUGGCGACUUCUACCCACAUCUGCUCUGGCUGGCCACCGACCCUGAAGGCGACUCGGACAACUGCUCUUGCAAGAUCUGCUGUCCUGAUGAGCUUGAUGCUUCCAUGAAAGGAAGGGACACAAACACACAACCAAUCAUUGCUCGUCGUCCCAGUACACAGACCAGACCUUUCAACACGCCAACUACAGGCUCAGCACCUUCUAAUCAUGCCACGCUCCCCACUCGUGUCGCUGCCACUCCCACUCCGCAACCUGUCUCUUCCACUGCUGCUGCUACAGCUGCUGCUGUCGCUGCUGCACAAUCCGCUUCGCGAACUGCUAGCAAGCCCAUCGACUACGACAUCGAUCGCCAGUAUGCCGUCUUCUUGUUCCGUCAGGGUGAGAUGGUCUGGUUCGAUCGCCAGGGUGCAUGGGGUCUGGGUAUCAUCACCGAGAGGUCCAAGGUCGGCACCAACUCCAGUUAUAGAGUGCAACCUCUCUCGUUCCCCGACCAUCCCACUCAAUCAGUCACCAUCACAAAAGACCGUGACCUCCGUCCCUGGCUGGCGUGGUCAGUCCCUCCAUACACCCAUCAAGCUCUGAACCAAGUCACACACCCUCUGCACUACAGCACUUUCGACUUCAACGCUUUGGCUCAAGGAAAAUACGGCCCAGGCACUACCGAGAUCGAUGCUAGUAUCAUGGCCGCAAAGGCCAUUGACGCCACGUAUACCCCCUUCAGUCCUGAAUCCCGCUCAGAAACACCUUCAUUCACCGAAACUCGCUGGAGCGGUAUCUACUUGGGAGCUGAAAAGAUUUGGCUGAAUGAGCCAGUUCGUUUACCAACUCCUGCUGGACAGGAGGCACCUCGUGUCCUGGUCGUGAGAGCCAUUGUCGAGAGAACUCAGAAGUCUGGGCAGCAAGUCUAUUCUUCAAUCACGUUCGUAGGAGAUGCCUAUGUUAUGUUACCAGCACCAAUGGAGCCCAUUACUAUGAACCGUGCUCCUAACGGCAUAGUCGCUGGUUCCGACACAAACAAUGUCCCGCUACGUUUGCUGGAAGACGUUCGUCGUCGCAACAUCGCCACCAUACAAGCCAAAGGCAAGGCUUAUCAGUGGAAGCUGUUGGAACAGAACAAAGUCGUCGCCCUGAAGGAUGUUAGAGGAAGGUGGUAUGAGUCUACACUGUUCCUUCCCAUUCUCCUGGCACGUCAAGCAGAAGAGUACGAAGAGCGUGUCAGAGAAGGUGUAAUCCCAGAAGUGCUGGUUCUGAUGAAUGGUCACGGUGACUGCAACAAAGACGCGACCGACGGCAGACGUCUACUCCCAGACGUACGGGCAUCGACCCGUGAACAAGCCUUGGGAAAAGCAGUCCCAGCUCGCACCGUCAUCCAAGACGGCGUCAGACAAUCACAACAAGUACCGCCACAGCAGCAGCAGCAGCAGCAGCAGCAACAGCAACAGCAACAAGCACGCCAUGUCAGCGGAGGUGGUGCUGCACCCGGCUACCAGACUCAUGAUGGCCAACACCAGAAUCAUGCGAGUGUCACAGCUGCAGGUAAUAAUGCAUCAUCGACAUCUAUUUCUGCAGCAUCGGCUCAGCAGAUCUCUGACAACCCGGCCUCCGGAUUUGAGGAGUUCAUGGAUCUGGAUGGUCUGGGUGGCGCUGAUGUGAUGGGUGGCUUCGAUCAAUCUUAUGUUUGA